GCAGCAGCAGCAGCAGCAGCAUGGCAUCCGACAGCAGCAUGGCGACCGUGAACGGCCGGGAGAGCGCGUCCCUGAACGGGGAGCCGGUGGUGAAGCGGCCGCGGGAGAGCGCCGCGCAGGACUCGGCUGUCGCGGUGCCGAAGGAGCCGCACAACAAAGUGACGGUGGUUCUGGGAGCGCAGUGGGGCGACGAGGGCAAGGGGAAAGUUGUGGACCUGCUGGCCAUGGAUGCCGAUAUUGUAUGCAGGUGCCAGGGGGGCAACAACGCAGGUCACACGGUGGUGGUGGACUCGGUGGAGUACGACUUCCACCUGCUGCCCAGCGGGGUCCUCAACAAGAAGGCGGUCUCCUUCAUCGGCAACGGAGUGGUGAUCCACCUGCCAGGUCUGUUUGAGGAGGCUGAGAAAAACCUGCGUAAAGGCAAAGGAUUACAAGGAUGGGAGGAAAGAUUACACAUCUCUGAUCGGGCCCACAUCGUGUUCAACUUCCAUCAGGCUGUUGAUGGAAUCCAGGAGCAGCAGCGGCAGCAGCAGGAAGGGAAAAAUUUGGGAACUACCAAGAAGGGCAUCGGUCCGGCCUACUCCUCCAAAGCUGCUCGAAACGGUCUGCGGGUCUGUGACCUGGUCUCAGAUUUCAAGGUUUUUGAGGACAAGUUUCGCAUGCUGGCGGAACAUUUCCUGACCAUGUAUCCGAACCUUAACGUCGACAUCGACAGCGAACUGGAGCAGCUGAAAACGUACGCUGAGCGGCUGCGUCCUCUGGUGACUGACGGCGUGUACUUCAUGCACAAAGCUCUGACUGGACCCAGCAAGAAAAUCCUGGUGGAAGGAGCCAACGCUGCUCUCCUGGACAUCGACUUCGGGACCUAUCCUUUCGUGACGUCCUCCAACUGCACCGUGGGAGGCGUGUGCACCGGUCUUGGCGUGCCUCCAUCUUACGUCGGCCGGGUGUACGGCGUCGUCAAAGCGUACACCACCCGGGUGGGCGUCGGCGCUUUCCCAACAGAGCAGGACAACGACAUCGGGGAGCAGCUACAGUCUAAAGGGAGAGAGUUCGGCGUGACGACGGGCAGGAAGCGGCGUUGUGGUUGGCUGGACCUGAUCCUGGUCAGAUACGCCCACAUGGUCAAUGGCUUCUCUGCAAUCGCGUUGACGAAGCUGGACAUCCUGGACACACUGCCUGAGAUUAAAGUGGGCGUGGCCUACAAAUUUGACGGAAACGCUCUACCAAGUUUUCCAGCAAACAUGGAUGUCUUGACGCGGGUUUCGGUGGAUUACAAAACGUUUCCCGGCUGGUGCUGCAGCACCGAGGCAGCUCGGAGCUUCGAGGAGCUGCCGUCACAGGCACAGAACUACAUUCGGUUCAUCGAGGACUUCCUGCAAGUGCCAGUGAAGUGGGUGGGAGUCGGCAAGUCCAGAGAAAGCAUGAUCAAACUGUUUUGAUCCGUCUGCAGCGGCCACAUCCUCGGCGUCGGUUGGGAUUGUAACUUCAGGUUUUCAGAGGGGGUUUAAAAUAUAAACUCUGUCCUAAAGGAAAUACUUCACCAGCAAGGCUACUACUUGUGAAACCUUUAGUUGCUGCUUGUGCUUCACAUUUACAAUGAUUCCUCACAGACAUAAUUUAUGCAUUCCACAUAUUGUUUUCUAUAUUUAUUAGGGUGUUAAUUUUCCAAACCUGGUGCACAUGACUCGAUCGCUCUUUAGUCCAUUCCAUAGUAAUGCAGCUUAUUUUUUAGCAUUUGGGACUCAUUUACCUAAAUUAACAUCUGUUCACCACGCAGUUGCUUUUUUCUUCUACAUGUGUGUGAAGAGCCGCUGAUGAACAGAUGUAGGAGCCUUGGUGUGAAGAGGACGUCACAGUUAAACAGAUUAUUUUUGGGGCUUUGCGGUGCGAUGGGAAAAAUGAUCGAAAGCCAUCAUGCGGUCACUCUGAUUGCAAACUUUUCUAUUGAACAAUUUUAAACCACUUUAAAAAUGCAUCUCAGUUGUUACAUUUGUAAAAAAACAAAAAACAGUAUUUUCAUGAUGAUUGUUGGAAUGAACGUAGUGCUUUAAAAUGAUAAAGGAUAAAUUAGUGCAAAGCAACUUGAGUGGAAAAAGAUGUUCGGACAUCCACACAGACGUUGGUGGAAGGUUUUGUGUAAAUGUAUAAAAACCAGUGGGCAGUAGUGUACAGAGUACAUCUCAACGUGUUUCCUACAUCAUGACAUUCAUCAUGCAAUAAUGUAAAAGACUCUUAGUCAGCUUGCUGUUGUCAAUAAACGAAACCAUAAUGUUA